AUGUUCCGCGUUCUUCUUGCCACUCUUGCCCUUGCUCUUGUCAGCCAAUCGUAUGCCUUUGCUCCUACUGCUACUACAAAUGGACGCAUGGGAACGGAUCUUGCCGCCAGAGGAAAGUACGCCGAAAUCCGCAAGACCAUUGAAAAGCUUGACAAGGAUAACUUCUCGGCUACCCUUACCGAGGUCGAACCAUUCUUGACCAAGGAGGCCGGAAUUACCUUCUACAACAAGUCUCUCCGAAGAAUUAACACUGCCGCUGGAGCUUUGGGUGUUUCUGUUCCUGAAGGUUAUGCUGUGGAAGCCAAGUGCACAGCCAAGAGAAGAGAGAAGCAAGCUGCUUACGCCGCAGAACAAGCUGCUGCUGAAGCCGAACCAGCUGCCGAGGAAGAUGCCCCAGCUGAAGGAGAAGAAGCUCCAGCUGAAGAGUAA